GCUUGUCAUGACAAAUCCAGGUGAAUACCUGUGAAAUAAAAAGACGGAAGUCGCAGAUAUACGAGCAACAGAGAUGAAGGUGUUAAAGUCCAACCAGAUCCAAAGAGGGACUACAGCUGUCCGAACCCACCGGUGAAGACAACACACCGACCUGGAGAGACUCCUGAAGACAGUAAGAGACAACACAUCGACCUGGAGAGACUCCUGAAGACAGUAAGAGACAACACACUGGUGUCUACACACACGGAAACACACACACGCUGAAACACACACACUGAACCACACACAGCUUAAAGAAACACACAGAACCUUAAGGCAAACACAUAUUAAACGGUUAAGAUACACACACUAACCGCUUAACUGUAGACAUAUAAAAUACAAAAUAACAUUACAGACUUUUAUUUGUGUCUUCAAAGAUGACUUUGUCUGUGGUCACAAAAUAGAUUAAAGAAUGACGUCUGAAACCGUCAGGUGAAACACAUCCCUGCUGGAAAAUCUAGCAUGCUGGUAGCUGAUUACCAGUUUGACCAGUUUGAGCUGGGCUUUUGACAGUUGGUGUGCCAACAGCUCCUAUUCUUACCAGUUACCAGUUAUGACCAAGUACUAAGCACUUAACUGCUCUAUCAUCACCUCCUGACCUGUCAUCUCAAACUUGAGCAAUAGGACCAUGCUGGUGCUGGUAAAAUAUUUUAUUAUGAUAUUUUUUAUUCUCAUCAUAUUCUCUUUCCUAUUGUAGGUUUUGGGGCCAGAAGAAAAACACAGAAAAUUCUGUUUUGAAGUUUCUAUUUGAGCUCAAGUUUGAAAAAAAAAAAAAAAAGAUGGAACCAUCUUCUCCUGAGGAGGUAGAGCUUGUGUCAUUUCGAACCCCAGCUACCUGCCCUCAGUCUGCACCUGUUACUGCUGGGAGCCACUCAAUUGAAAACUCUUUGUCUGUUGAUUUUUACCUUCAACAACCUUCAGAUCACUACUUUCCUUCUGAUAGCACAUCCCUGCUGAGUCAAGUAUUUUCUUCAAAGAACGGGACGUUAACACAUGCUGACAACUUGUCCGACAUGUCGUUAGAACAUGCUGCAAAUCAUAUACCUACAAUGACUGAUGAUACUGACCGCUCUGACUCUGAUUCGGACAUUUCUGAAUACAGAAAAAUAAAGCCAGCUGUGAAACACAAGAGAAAAUCCAAAUGCCACAACCCCAGAGGGAUGAAGAAAAGGAAGAAAUCUCCCUCUACUGCUGCUUCAACUGAUGAUUCCUCUGACUACAUGGAUCAACCUUCACCUGGUCCACUCAGAGAAACAGUACUGAUGAAGACUCCCUCCACUGAAGCAGAUGCUACAGCAGGACACUGUCAGGAUAAUACCAGGGAAACUGAGCUGCAUGCAACAGCUGAUCCAUCCACCUUUCAACGCCCUCCAUUCUGCACUGAAAGUCAAGAAAAUAGAUCUGGCUUAAUGUCUGUGCAGUCUGAAAGCUUGUCAGGAGCUGAAAGUGAUGCACAGCUGGAAAUGGAGACAUCUCUAACAGGUGUGUCCUCAGUCACAAACAACUGGACAGCGGUGUCAGCAUGUCCAUCUCCCCUUCAACUACCAGACUUCCAGGUUCAGUCAGAGUCGUCCCUCUGCAGUCCAGAUUUAGAAUUCGAUAAUCUCUUCUCUAGCUUCUUCUCUACAGUCCACACUGCAGAAAGUGGAGAAGUUAUAAAUGUCAAGCUUCAGCCGUCUGAAUGUGAGGCAGCAGGUGACAGCGACUCCCUGGUUAAAAUGGAGGCACCUGUUACAGCUGUGAGCUCCUCAGUCACAAACACCCAGCCGACCCGUCCUCACCUCCAGCUGUCCUCAGAUCCUGGUUGGAGUCAAAGAGGCUCCAGCUGUUUGCCUCGUUCUCACAGCGUUCCCUCACUGAGUCAGAGAAGCUGUGCAGAGAACCAGACCUUCAGACCAUCACAGAACUUACCUGACAUGCUGUUAAAAAGCAGCUUUGAGGAGUUCACACCUGAUAUCACUGUUGAUGAGGACGAUGAAAGCUACCGGUUCCUGUGCUCCUGCCCGGGCCUGUACCAGUGCAGUGUGACGGGCCUGGUGUUCCACAUGGAGGGAGAAGGGGACGUGGUUUACAGGAUUGUCUCUUGGGACAGGAGGCUACUGGCCCAACAUCACAAGAAGCCUGCAGGACCCCUGUUUGACAUCAAAUGUCAGCAGAAGUCUGUGUGUCGGCUUCAUCUCCCACACUGUGAGAUCCCAUCCACAGCUGGAUGUCAGUUCUUGUCAGUCGCUCACCUGAAUGAUGAGGGCAUCGAGUUCAUCGCCCCUCAUAAGGUAACAGAAACUCAUGUGAUCAUCAACAUCUCAGGGUUUUCUGCUUUCGGUAACGCCAAGGAUGAAGAUUCACCUCCAGAGCCGGUCCGAGCGCUGGUUCUGCUGUUCUACAGGCCACCAGAUGGUCAAGAUUUUGAAUCUCUCCUCAAUGUGUUGAUGCUACCAAAUAACAUUGUGCUCAGUGAUGUGCGACGCACCAGGAAGAAACAUGUUGGAGAUGAGCUCUACAUAGCAAUACCCCCAGACUGUAAACUGCUGCCAGGGCAGGAAUACACACUGUCCACUUGUCCUGAAGACGACUCAGUUCUAGUUCAACCAACAACAGCAGAAUUUCACAGUGACAACUAUGACAAUUGCUUUACAUCAUUCGAGGUGAAUUUAGAGAAAAUCCUGAAACAUAUUAAACUGUUUCUGAGAGACACCAACAGACACAGUGUCUGGGAGAGACGAGUUCCUCUCCCAUCUGCUGGACCAAAGAAGUCCUGUAGAAAAAGUGCUCUGAAUCUGUCUUCCAAGAAGAAGCUGUUGAAGAUACAGAGCAAAUUCAUUAAGGGGAUAUCAGGACCUUGCCUUAAAAGUCUGCUGGACAAACUGUUUGAGAAAAAGGUUCUGACUGAUUCUGAGAAAGAGUUAGCAUGUGAGAUGCCAAACAGAGGAGACAAAGCUCGUUUUGUUAUCGACACAGUGACGAACAAAAGUAAAACUGCCAGUUCAGAGAUGAUCAAGUUCCUUUGUGAGCUCGACCCGUUCCUCUGUGAAGAUCUUGGCCUGACAGUCACCUGAAUGAACAGGUGAUCCCGUCAGAACAUGUUGACCUGCUGGUUAGAAAGUGAUCAUCCAAGUGAAAAAGACAAAAAGAGGGAAACAAUUCUUCCAGAAAUUCUAUCAUAAAAAUCUCACCUCCUUCCCAGAAUUCCUACCCCAAACCCGAUUUUCACAGAACUCUGACCCUCCUCCAAGAAAUCCAACUCCAAUCCCAGAACCCUGAGUUCAAAGUCAGAAUCCGGGGGAAAAGUCAUAACACCAAGACAAAAACCAGAACUCUGACUUAAAUCCUAAAACUUGGACCUUUUUUCAGGAACUCCGAGCUAAAGCCCAGAAUGCCGACUUCAAUGACUCUGAUACCAAACCAUAAUUCUGACCUCUCAGGGUUUCCCCCAGAAAACUUGUUAGCCUGGUGGUAGGUUGGAAGGGCGUCCCACCGGCGACAAAGCAUGUUUUUCUUUGUGACAGGGGCCUGACACAGGCCAGCAACUGACUGAUGGCAGUGUCCUAUAGGUAACAGAUUCAUGAUGUAGUAGAAUUUAGAGUGGUUUCAUACUGCCUUGCAUUAAUUCAAUGUUGCGGAAACCCUGCCUCUGACCCCCCUCCGAGAAAAAGUCAGAGGUCCAUGCUCAAAACUACAAUUCUUACAGUUCUGUUUUAGGACUAGGUUGUAUAAUCCCUUAUUGAUCGCACUCCUGAGGUAUGAAGUGGGUCAGUGCAGACAUUUGAGGGGUUUCCAGGUAGUGGCUAAGGUGCUGUCUGUGUGACAGAAAGCUUCAGAGCUUUAUUGGAGUCAUCAGGUGGGCACCCUCCUUCUCUGGUGUUUCAAUGACAGGCCCACAACACCUCCAGAGGGCUCAUCAGCAACAUCUGGCGUCCCAGAUGUGCCCCCCUCAACUCUCAACCCUUCCACGCCACAGAUGCCAUUUUGGGGCCCAGGUGGCAUCUCUCCUCUUCAGCCAGAGCCACCGGCUUGCUUGUUCCACUGCGCUUGAGAGGACUUUGAUGGCUUGGUGUUGUACAGAACAUUCUAGCCCUUUUCCCAGAACUCUUCUUCUUUACAACUCUACCCCCCCUCCCUGAACUCCAUGCUUAAACACAGAAGUCCCACUUCAAUCCCAGGAAUCCAAACCCUUUUUCCUAGAAGUCUGAAUUUCCUCCCAGAACUCUGACCCUUUUCCAGAACUUCUUUACCAGAAGUCUGACCUCAAAUAAAAAAAGCCAGACUUUUUUAUUGGAACUCUGAUCUGUCUCCCAGAACUUCGACCCCAAUCCAAGGACCCUGGGUUCAAAGUCAGAAUGGUAGAUAAGGACAUUUUUUAAAUGUUCCUGGUGUGAGUCUGUAAUUAAUCUUAAAGGAACUUAAUUUCCCUCUUCUUAUUCUGUUGUACAAUAAAUGAUCUCAUCUUACUGUGUCUCAAAAUAACAGCUGUCUUUAGGUGAUGUUAUACCUGCAUCAGCCAGCAGGGGGAGUCACCUGCUGACACGCAAGCACAUGUUUCUGAUUUUAUAUCAUGUUUAUGUAUGAAUGUAAAACUUAAUAUCAUUUGUUACUCUGACAUUGUUCGAGUCUCAGGUGUUGGAUGAUUUGUUUCCAGUGGGUGAAAAAGGAACAAAGAAAUGAAGAAAACAUGUUUCUGUGCUGUGUAUCAUUGUUACUGUAUCACUGAGUAUUCAUGUGAAUAAAAUACUCUGAAUAUUGAAACUGA